AUGGUUGAUCUACUAAUAAUGUCCCAUCCGUAUAAUUCCAAUAAUAAUAAUAAUAUCACUUCAGAUCAGGUUUCAUCUGAACAUGGCACUCACACUGAGAGGAAUUCAGUUAUGCUUUCUAAAGAUGAAGUACUCGACAAGCUUUAUAACUUGUUAUAUUCUAGCAAUUAUACGGAUAUAAAAAAAAACGAUUUCAUCUUUCAUAUGAAAGGUUUAUUGUUGAAAAUGAAACUUAAUGGUUUAGGGUGUUUACUUGAAAAGAAUGCUGAAUCCGUCUAUGGAUCAGAGACGUUAAAUUUUAUAAACGAAUUCUUAUUAUAUCAUAGGGAUUGCUUUCCAAAUGGGGCUAGCACAAAGGAUGGUUUGCAACUUCUACUUGAUAUUGAUGCCGGUAUUUAUGAUAAAACCAAAACAUCAAUUAUAAGAGAAAUUUCCCAGGAAUGGUCCAACUUGUAUUAUGAUGGUAGCGUUAGUGCAGCGAACUACAUCACUAAGGUAAAAAAUUUGAUAAUUAGAACCAAGAAGUACGAUUGUGAGAUGAGUGAAUAUGAGAUGAAAAGAAGGAUUAUGGCAUCUAUGAAGAAAGAUUAUCACAAAGUUAAGGAUAUUAUUUUGCUCCUAAACCGUGGUAAGUUAGACGUUGACUUUGAAGAAAUCUAUGAAAUUAUCACAAAUAUAUAUCAUGAAAAGGAAAAGGAAAUUGCAAUAACCUGUAGAUUUGAUAAAGAUCCGUUUGCCAGACAAUUUUUUCGUGAUAAGGAAAAUUAUAAGAAAAAAAAAGGUAUCUAUAACAAAAGAUCCAAUGAAGGUUUUGCUAAAAAUGUUAGCAGUAAUAAACCUGUUGUUUGCUAUAAUUGUCGACAAGAAGGACAUAUCAGACCUAAUUGUCCUGAGUUGAAGGAGAAAGAAGUUAAAAUCAAAGAGAUUAAAUUAUUUAAUGAGAGAGAGGAAAUCACCCGCCAUCAAGUACCCUUAGGCUUAGAUUGGUUAAGAAAGUUUUAA